GAGAAAGAGAGAGAGAGAGAGUAAGUACAAGCGCGUGCUCUCGCGCUAUAAAUAUUUUCCGUGUUCGUGCUGAGACCAGACGCUCCGUCGUUCAGCGCGAGCAUUUAGAGACUCAGUUCUCAGAUGGACAGUAAGGAUCCAGAGGAGAGCUCGGAGGAGGACCUGGACAGCGUGAAGGCGCUCACCGAGAAGCUGAAGCUGCAGACACGCAGACCCUCUUACCUGGAGUGGCAGGAGCGCGUGCGCAGCGGAUCGUGGAACGGCUGCCGAGGCGCGAGAGAAGCGGCCGUAACCGCAGAGCGCGAGGACCGCGAUGGGCCGCGAGACAUCUGUGGGUUCCGGUCCAUGGACGAUGCGCUGCAGUGGCUGCGAAAUGAACUGAGGGAGAUGCAGCUGCAGGACCAGCGGUUGGCGCGUCAGCUGAUCCGUCUGCGUUGCGAGCUGCACCGGCUGAAGGUGGAGCGUGUGUGUGAUGGACAUCGGGAGAUGCUGGAUGAUGCUGCGCUGGAGCUGGAGGAGUGCGGUGAGGAGUGUGAUCUGCUGUGUGACGUGCCUCUCAAGGCUGCAUUCACCCUGUCCACACCGCUCAAACACCUGGGCCUCACCAAGAUGAACCUCAACUCACGACGUUUCUCCCUCUGCUGACCACCUCCAGAUUUGUGGAGCCUGAAAGAUCUCACAAGCAAUAGACACACCAUGGAACAGGCUCCCAGAGUCUUUUGUUCACAGAGCCUGAAAAUCUGUAGCUUUAAUGACAUCAGUGUCCUUCCAAAGAUUUUUAGCUCUUGGAGAUCGGGAGCCUGUGGUUUUGUUAAUCUUUAAAGCUUAGCAUAACCUCAAGAUUCUCUCUGCUAGAGAAUGUGAUGCCUUUAAAACACCAAGACCUUAAAAUGUAGAUAUAUUACAUCUGAUAGGAUAAAGUUAAAUUCAAACACUUCCAGGCUGCUAACUCCUGGUCUUUGCUUAGGCUGACCCUGACCUUUGACCUUAAGCUACCUUUCAAGUUGUGGUGUGAAAAAGCACCGUUGUUGAUACCACACUGACAUGAAAGCAAAUGAAGAUCAUUAAAUACAAUUAUAACAAAAAGAAGAACCUGUUCCCAAAGAAAUAAGCCAUAAUAUCUACCAAAGGUAAACCAACCUUCAGAUUCCAAUGAUCGUCAUGGGACAUUAACACGUGCCAUAAUGUCAUGGGUGUAAACACUUAACACUAAGAAUGUCAGUAGAACUGAUGAGGAACAUCAGAUAAAUGGAUAAUGUUUUUAAGAUUAAGGUUUGUGUUCAGCUCAGGACCUUAAGAUUAAAUUGUAUGCACUUGAGUAUUUUCUCUAAUGAACAUUUUUGAAAAAGUUAUAUUAUUUACAUUACACAGACUAUGUGUAAUGUAAUUAGUUUUAGUAAUUAGUUAAUUAGUUUUUCAACUGGCACCUUGUUACAGAAAUAAAAAAAGGAAAUGUCUUUAGUACUUAAUAGCAGAACAGAACAUAAGCCCAAAAGUAGCACCAUCAUUGUUUACAGAAAUUAGGAAGUCAACAAACUGUUCCCAUAACUAUAGCAGUUAAAACCCUGAAAUAUCUGACUGGGAUUAAAUUCAAUAGAGAUUUUGAAUACUGGCUCCUGAUUGGUCAGAAGGUGUUAAUUAAUUUUUUAGAACAGCAGCACUGACAAUAGCGCAGCCGCACAUCUCAACGUUAUUGUUUCUAUAGUAACAACUCUUUCACAGGGAGUUAAGAGGUUUGUAAUCAUAGAUCUGGUUGAUAACUUUUCAGACAUGUUCAGGACAGAGGUGCUAGAAUGUAAGAUCAUUAAACGUAACAAUAAAUGAAUAAAAUCUACAAGCAUUCUUUAAUAAAUAAAUAACAUUUUGUUAAAGUACCGAAGCUUAAGAGAAAAUAAAAUAUCUCAGGAUUUGGAAAUUAA